AUGGCGACAUCAGGAAUGAUAGCAGACUCUGUUGAUCAAGAAGAAGAGGCAACUACAGAUAAAAACUUGAAGACACCUAUUACCGAUAAAAAAGUUAUUGAGGCUGCUGCAAUUGAACAAAUUAAUGAAUUAGUUGCACUUGACAAGAAUAAGGAUACUAAGAAAUGGAGUCUUUUGUUGGGUCAAGGCUUUAAUAAUCAAUGGCAAAGUGCAACUGAAAGCAAUAACAUAUCUGACGAAAACAAUGUAUUUGUGGUUAGCUUGCUCGGUAAUACAACAGCUGGUAAAAGUUUUGUGACAAAAAUGUUGUUAGAAAAUCCUGAAAAUGGCCCACAAACUAUCGAUGAAAGUGAAAUAGAAAGUAGUACGACAGGAAACAUUAAUUGUUAUAAAAGCGAAAUAACAACCGAUCUGGCAGAAAAAAUGUUGGUACUAGAUUAUGAAGGCGAGAAAGGCUCAUCUUUUCCUUCAAUGUUACAUGCACGUCGAUUCUUCGCCGAGCAUGUUGGAUUAAGCAGAGAAUAUGCGAAAGAACGACGUAAAGCUGUGACUGAAUAUUUUCCUAAACUGGCUUACGUUUUGAGCAAUAUUGUAAUUCUGAUAGGUAAAGAAGAACUUAUUUCUGCUGAUUACCUUAACCGUUGUUAUGAGUUCACUCUAAGUGCAAAUACGAAUAUUACUAAUGUUCCGUAUUUACCAGUUUUGAUUAUUAUCGAAAACAAGUGUUCGCUAGCCAAAAAAUUCGGCGUUAAAGAAGUUACUAAUGAAUUUUUUCGUAUUCAUCAUCGAGAGACCGGUAAUUUAGAAAAGUACUUUUCAAAAAUUUACUGUAUACGCUUACCGCAUACUGACCAGUUGCAAAAGGUAAAAGGAGUCGGUGUACUAGAUGGGGAAGCUAUAUUUAAGGAACAAAUUAUUGAGUUGAGGAACAUUAUUAAAGAAGCUAUUUUAGAAGAUCGAAAACGCUUAAUUACUCAUGCUCAGUGGCUUUUUUUAUUAAAACGUGUUCUAGAUAGUGUUUCUAACGGAGAACCGGUCUCAAUACAUUCUCUACUUUCCCAAAUAACUGAUUCGAUGGAUGAAGAUAAUGAUGACCAGUUCUGUGCUAAAAAAUUUUUCGACUAUACAUAUAAACAAGAAUCUAUUCAUACAGCACAACACUUUCGAUCUUGCAGAGAUUUCGCUCUAAAAGUUUUUUCUCGAAAUGUAGCUAUCGUAUUACUUCGACGAAAGGAAAUUUUAUCUGAACGUGUUAUACGAGAAAUAUGCACAGUAAAGAUGCUAUCGAUGUGGGAAAUGCUAGAUGCCUAUAGACCCUGUGAGGCGAUUUAUACCGGCAGUGGGACUAGCGCUUCAGGUAAUCCUGUUUACUGCUAUCAGCAUAAAGGUGCGCAUCCACGCCAUCGCACAUCAGAAGGAAUUAAAAACGUUUCUUGGAUUUCAUCUCUGUUCGGAAUGUCAUCGACAAUAACUUGGGAUGGCGACUUUAUUAGCAGGGAUACCGAACAGAUUAGCGAGAAAGAAUUAGAGAAGUUUAUUACCUUGACAAUUGAAUUUUUGGACGCUUUAAGAAAAAAUCCACAGGAAAAAAUUAUUAGUUUCAAAUCAUGCCUAAAGGAAGCAUCUUAUAACAGUAUUCCUCCUAUUAGUGGGAGAUUGAUUUGCAAGUGUUGCCUCAAAAGAAAACCUAGAGUUCCUUUAUUACGUAUCACAGAUAUGUAUGCCGACUUAUUCAGGCAUGUUUUAUUUCCAUCCUUCACGAUUUGCAUAGUCUGUAACAGUGAACUGGAAAAGAUAUCGUUGUCUCAUGAUUCAACAUCCUCUUCAAACGUCACGUCGAAAGUAUCAGAUCAGAAAACUAAUAUAGGUGACGUUACUAGCAAUGACGAUGAAUGUGUUAUAUGUAUGGGAGCUAAGAAAAAUUAUGCUCUUGUGCCAUGUGGACACAAAGGAUUUUGUCACGGCUGUGCUACUAAAAUGCAGCAAGAAUGUAGAUUUUGCCCGAUUUGUAGAGAAAGCGUAGAAUCGAUACUUAAAAUUCAUAAUGUAUAA